GUGGGGAAAGUUAAGGAUUCUUGCGUUCUGCGCUGUUGCGGAACAACAGGUGUGAUCCUACAAAGCGCUUGCUUUCUUUUAUAUACAUACGAUUUAGCUUUCGGACGCACAGCAGUAAAGCGGCGGUGCAGCAUGGAGGACGAGGAAGCGCUCCCCACCAUCGUCGUACCCGGCCCAGAGCUGCGCGAGAAGGUGGAUGCCUUCGCUGCGCGCCUCAGCAGCCUUGACCGACGCAAGGCAGACGAGAUGGUGGCCAAGCUGCUUGCCUCAAGCAAGCGGAAUCAGUUUUUGUUUGUCGACACCUCGCACAUUUUCUAUCCCUAUUUCCUCAGUAAGCUGACAGAGUACCGCCAGCAUCCGGAGCUGCGCCCGCAGAAGGCAGGCGAGCAAAAUGCAGGCGAAAGCGCAACUGGUGGUAGUGCAGCCGCGGCGACGACUAUAAAGGCCGGUGCUAUUACCCGGACAAUGGGCGGGACUGCCGGGGUGGAGAGCGACCCGGAGCGAGAAGAACUGCUGCGGCAAACCGAGGCAGAGGCACGUCGUUAUCUGGAGGACCCGUUCCCAAAUCACUUCUCCCUCGACUUACGGGGUGGUACGAUCGAUGUGACAGCGUUCUUGAUGGACGUGCUGUCCACCUCGGCGCAGUACACGGCGAAGUACGGCGACAAGUUCCUCGCCGCCGUGCAAGCCAAACAGCGGCACAACCCCCUCAUGCAUUUCCUGCAGGAGGACGACGUGCGACACAGCACGUUUUUGAAGCUUGUCGAGUCCUACCGCCGGGUGCUGAACUUCGACGAGGAGGAGGUGGAGAGUCGGUUGGAGAACUUAGAGUCGCAGUCGUACCUACUGGACACCGUGUGCGAGGAGAAGAAGAAGUACGCGAAGGCGGCUCUGGCGCGACGGCGGGCGGCCCUCCUGACGGACGAGGAGCUGCGGGGGCGGCUGCAGUGGACGCUCUUUUCCGUUGUGAAGACUUUUCGGCUAAGCGAUCUGCAGCUGGACGGCCCGGUGCCGGAGACGGCCGCGUCGAAGAAGCAUCACUCAGCCGCGUUCUCUGCAGCUCCAGCGCAAGUUUCCACACCUGCUGUAAACGCUGACCCUACUGCACCUCAUUCUGCACCGACUUCGGCGGCACCAUCCGCUGCCGUGAGCAGCAACACGCUGCGUCCUCCUGGUGGCAUCCCCGCCUUCCCACCUGUGUUCAUGAGCGCUUCUCUUGUAAAAGGGACAAGCAACAACGGAAAGCGGCAGCGCGAAAAGGGUGGAGUGCGGUGA